CUUGGAACAAAACCGCGACAACGACAGUCAUAUUCAGCAGGAAGUCACAAGUUAACACGGACGCUCUGCACACCGCAACACCUCCGCUACAUGUAGCGUUGGAUUUUGAAUUGUCAUGAUGUGGAACCAAAGCGGGAGAGUCAGUGAACACACCCUGACGGCCGUUAAACCAGAGACAUCACGGAGAAUGGAGAACUUUCCAGAACAAACGCCACUGUUUACCUUCGGUGUGAUAGCCGAUAUUCAGUACGCUGACAUGGAUGACGGGUUUAACUUUACCCGGACCCGGAGGAGGUACUACCGGAGCAGCCUAAAGCUGUUAAAGAACGCCCUGAAGAGCUGGGGAGAAUCGGCAGUAAAACCGGACUUUAUUCUCCAGCUCGGAGACAUCAUCGACGGCUUCAAUAAGAACCACGAAGCCUCAGACAGAGCUCUGGACGCCGUGCUGGAAGAGUUCAGCUCCGGGCCCGCCGAGGUCCACCAUGUGUGGGGAAACCACGAGUUUUAUAACUUCAGCCGGAGUGACCUGCUGCGGUCAAGGCUUAAUAGUACACUGCAUUCCGAGCGGAGCCUGAACGCAGCACCAGCUGACUGUGACCUGUAUGCGUACAGCUUCAGCCCGGUACCCGGGUUUACCGUGGUCAUCCUGGACGGGUAUGAUGUGAGUCUGCUGGGCAGAGAGGAGAGCAGUGAUCGGUACAAAGACUCUCUGAGUCUGAUCAGACAACACAACCACAACGAAGACCUCAACUGUCCAGUGUUUAAAGAUCUGGAGGAGAGAUACACAAUGUUUAACGGUGGAUUCAGUAAAAUCCAGCUGCAGUGGCUCGAUUCUCUCCUGACCUCUGCUGAUGAAAAUGGAGAAAAAGUCACCGUCGUCUGUCACCUCCCCGUUCACCCCAGCUCCACCACGCCGAUCUGCCUCGCCUGGAACUACGACGAGCUGCUGUCCAUCCUCCGCUCUCACCGCUCCGUGGUGUGUUUCAUGGCCGGACACGACCACGACGGAGGAUACCACAAGGACAAAACCACAGGGACGCACCACCUCACCUUAGAGGGGGUCAUCGAGACGCCACCAGACAGUGACGCCUUCGCCACCGUCUCUGUGUACGAGGACAGGAUGGAGCUGAGAGGAUACGGGAGGGUUAGGGAUCGAGUGCUUCAGUUUCCAUGACGACUGUGAGACACUGACUACAGGGCAACAAAAAAGCAGAGUUUCUGGAAUAUUCUCGACUGAAAGAUUAUAGAUUAUAGAUCGGUAUGAUCUUAGUUUCUGCUAAAGAAGUUUGUAAAUUAUCAGAGUCACUUUACUGGGAAAAUAUCUACACAUGCAGCCAUCUACGCAGUCUACAGGUUAAUAAAUUAGAAGAUACGCUAAAUCAAACUGCACUGAUGGUUCAAGAGGAUGUUUAAAGAUGCAGCAGUUUAUACUUUAACUUUAUUUUUAACUUUGGAGUUCAGGGCAAGGCUUUUUUAUACUUACUGUAUGCAAUGAAUCUACAGAAGUGCACGCGUUCUAGACACACAACGUGAGACUCUGAGCUCCUCAGCGGGCUACAGACAAGAUGGUUGGAAACAUGGGAGGCUACACACUAAAGGGCCGUUUCUUUAAAACUCUAAGUUGGCAAGGGCUAACGACAGCAGGGAGUUUAAUGCCUUAAAAUGUCUCCUUAAACAUCUCGAAAAGGUUCUGAUUUUAAGCGUCCAACCUCAGUGAAAGCUGUUAAGGAUGCUGAAAUAUUAGUUUUACUUUUGUAGACUAGAAAACUGCGAAACAGGCACACUGUUAAGAGACGAGUCUGUCACUGUGAACAGCAGAAGACCGCAGCAUCCCGGUAACAUCAGUGCCAAAAGAAUGGAUGACUUUAGAAAGCAUGUUCUGCAGUAAAAUCUGAGUGUUUUUAAUAGUGCGGGUCACCCAGCUCUACUGAGAUCAACCUGCUGUGUCACCACGUAGUUCAUCAUUUUUAAACUUUAGUUUAUGUACCAAAGAGUUUUCCUAAAGGUGGAGAGCAGAUGACCCUCAUGAAACACACCACACUUUGUGUUUUUAAAUGCAAGGUGUUGUGUUGAAAUACCUCAGCUGAACAUUACCUCAUUAUUUAUUUAACUUUGAUUUUUAAUUCUGACAAAGAGGAAAAUGAUUCUGUUUUAUUCUAGAGGUGAAGUGGUUGUUUGAGUAUUUCUAUGCACAUAUUUUAAGACUGAGGUCAUUUUCUAUUGCUGCCUUUUUACUAAAGCGUCUCCUUGCACAGCACUGAUUUUUCUGUUAUUUGCCGAGGGAUGUAGCGUGCAAUGUUGAGUGAAUCAUGCCAGUUUUGUACCUUUUGCAAUGUAAAACAAUGCAAUGGACAAUAAAAACGUGAACAGCA